AUGGUCUCUAUGGUCGAGACCUCCCAUCCCGAUCAGAAUGACAUGGGCAUGGAUCCUGUUGUACCCAAGACCGAACCCAUGCUAGAGGGUUCGAUCAGUUCAACCGUGUCGACGCCAGAUCCCGAAGUCGAAGCCUUGACUCAAGACCCUGCGCAGACUCAAAAGCGAAAAGGUGGUCGAAAACCUAUUUACGCCACUUCCGAAGAAAGGAAGCAGCGCAAUAGGCAGGCUCAAGCUGCUUUCCGUGAACGCCGCACGGAAUAUAUUCGGCAGCUCGAGACCACCAUCAAGCGCAAUGAAGAGUCCUUGCAGAGCUUACAGCAGAGUCACCGCAGUGCCGCGGAUGAAUGUCUGAUGCUCCGCUAUAAGAACUCCUUGCUCGAGCGCAUCCUGCUUGAGAAAGGUAUUGAUGUGCAAGCUGAGUUACGGAUUAAGACUGGCGCACCGGGGGCCCAGGCUAAGACUACUCCGAUGCCACCCAAGCCUCCGGGUCCCACGGGGCCUCGACCCGCGCAAAGGCAUCCUGGCCUUGCCUCCAAGCAGGAUCCGUUCGCCAUGUCGCAGCGCGACGGUGCGUAUGGGGUCUCGUCGCCACAGUUUCAGCCGACGCCGACAUCUCAUGUCUCAUCGCCAUCGCAUGUCAAGUCACCUGGCUUCGGCUUCCAAGCUGGCAUGUCCCCCGCUGACCCGCAAGGGACUGGGCGUCCGCAGCUACUGCCACAGCCUAGGGCUUUCAAUAAUCAGACUUCCCCGCCGGCUAUCAGUAUGCCGCAGACUAAUCCAAAUGAACCCAAGUUGCGGGGGGCGCCGCGUGGCCAACAGCGGGUUGCAGCUAACUAUUACCCGUCUCCUUUCCAGAAACAUUAUGAUCAACUGGAACAAGAGUAUGAUGCACAGGCUGACAUGGUGGAUGAUGACCAUGAUGGUUCAGUGAAUACAUCAUAUGUGCCCGGAUUCACACCACAGUCGGUUGCCUCCGGCUCGCAUAAUUUGUCUGGCUUCAAUCCUCCCCCCGGCGGGGACGGAACGCCCGGAGACUUCGGAAGUGCAAACCAAAUGCUUGGUCAAUAUGAACCGAUGCUAGAUGCUGAUCCAUUUGGACUCAGCGCAAGUAUGCAUUUCCCUACGCCAUUCAACUAUGAGCAAAGCAAUUCCCGCAACUAA